UGCACGAGACGGCUGCGCGCGUCCGCUCCCGUGUGUGGACUCUCCAAAAAAUGUAUUAAGAAUUGCAAAAGCUGGAUUACACUGGAAGAUAAACACAACAGCCGUUCAUCAGUCGUAAGAAUGUAAACAAGAUCACAGGUGGAGUUUUCCCAUGCACCUACAUCCCCUCCAUUCUGACCUUCUAGAAUGUUCCUGAAGACAGUUCCUCCGGUGGUGGCUAUUCACUCAGAAUGGAGGUCCAAUAAGAGCUGCAGCCUGCCUCUCUUUUUCAAUGACAGUGCCUCCGACAGCGACCUUGUCUCUGUUAGCAGCACCCCCAUCCCACAGACGAUCCAGAUGAUUAUAGAGAGCCUUCACAGCACCCAGUCUUCGGACAUGAGCGAAAACGGGAAGACCGAAAAAGGUCAAAUGAGACUCAUGGACACGUCUGCGAGAUCCCGGCGAACAGGGGCAGACACUAAGUUACAGACCACCAGACCAGAUACUGGCGAUGAUUCGGACAGUGACGAUUCUGUGGACAGAGGCAUUGAGGAGGCCAUUCAGGAGUAUUUGAAGGAGAAGGUGGACCACAAGCGCAAAGGGGAUCCGAUGACAAGUUCGACCCCAGCGCCCAAGCUUCAGCGGAGGAAACCAACUGUCCCCGAUGCUGCUAAACAACCCACACAUUCCAGUAGUGCUAAGGUGCUAACUGCUAGCAAUCAUAUACAGAGGGCCUUGAGUGGGACGCAGCCCCUAAAAAAGAAAGUCAAGAAGAAGCUAAGCAAAGAAAAUCCCUUUAAGAAAGCAGACACAAGUAAAGUUUUGCCUGUAAAAAGUCUUCCCCCUCCCAAAUCUAAGAAAGGAUCUUCGUCAUCUUCAGAGAUGGACAGAUCUCCACCUCGUCUUGUCAUUAAAGAGGAAGAGGAAAGGCUUGAUUCAAGCAGUGAUGAUGGAAUUGAAGAGGAGAUUCAGAGAUUCCAGCAGGAGAAAAAAGAAAAACAGGAAGGUGAAAAAGAUGCCCUGAGAUCUUCACGACAAAGGGAGGACUCUGAAUCAAGUAGCGAUGAAGGUAUUGAGGAAGCCAUCCGUCGCUUUCAGGAAGAAAAACACAAGCAGACGAAAAAGAAAAAUCCUCUCAAACCUGCUCAACUUGUGCCUGCGCAACGUAGCAGAUCAGCCAUCACUUCUCCCGAAUGCAUGGGCACUCAGUCAUUCAAAGCACUGUCCAAGAAAAGCAAGACCAAGAAGUCUAAUCUCCCUACACCACUGGGUGUAAGCCACUUUUUGAACAAGUGUACAUCCCAGGGCUCUAAAGUCAAAGAAUGUGCACCACCCCUUUUAAACCCAAAACCAACCCACACUGAACAUCAGAUCCAUUCCAGUCUCACGGUCAACACUGCUGAGCUUAUGUGUGCUGAAGCCAUUCUAGAUAUCUCUAAAACUGUCAUGCCCGAGGUGUUUGAGCCUAACUUAAGCAUUGCUAACAGAAAUGUGCUUCAGAUGCCAACAUUCCUCACUGUUGCACCAUCUGCGGAUAAAAGUGAAGAAAGCUCUGUUGACAGUGAAGAUGGAAUUGAACAAGAGAUAAGAAAAUUUUUGGAACAUAAAGCAAAUAUGAACAAAGAGCUUCCAAAAACAGCAGGUGCACCAUCGCCAGCUUCAGGAGAUCCCACAGCAAGCAAAGAACCAAAGACGAAGAUGAAGGAAACCCAGCCGAAUAAAGCAGUAAGGCUCUCCCUGUCAAAAAAAUGCAAGUUCAAAGAAGAACAAAGCAAACUUUCCAGAGAUGCUGAAUUAGUUUUGAAUGUUAAAGAGGAGCCUCCAGCGACACCUCUGAUUCAUAGUUACACCACCAGACCAGAGCUUUUAACUACUCCCACUGUCACAUCCCAUUCAAGUAGUCUAGCUACCAUGAAUUCCCCACCUCAUAAGGGUGCAGAUAGUAGUGCACUCAAAGACAAAAGUUUGUCCAGCCCCAAGACUGUGAUUGGCUCAGAGAGAAACGACAGCAGUGACAAAAGCAGCUCCCUGGACAGUGAUGAGGAUCUAGAUGCUGCAAUUAAAGACUUGCUUAAGACAAAGAAAAAAGUCAAAAAGAAAGUGAGAGACAUGAAGGCAAGAAAAAGCAUCAGACCUUCCGAAGAAUCAACUUUGGAUGCUGUGAAAAAACAAAAACCUUUAACAGACCAGAAGAGCAUCCCACCUUGCAAGCUUGUUAAGUCUGGCAUCUUGAAAGGUAGCAAAGAGACACUGAAUGUUCAGACUAAAAAUGACAAGGGUGAUAAAAGCAAAGCAGUAAAAGGCAAAUCAGAAAUUCAGAACGUUUUUCUAAAAUCUAAAAGCCAUGCACAAGCUGACAAGGUGACUGGGAAUGGUGGGGAUCCCAAGCCCCAAGAUGUGGACAUACCUUCCAGUCCGCAUGCAGAUGACAAUGACAGUUCUGUGGACAGCGAUGAUAGCAUUGAGCAAGAGAUCAGGAGAUUUCUAGCUGAAAGAGCCAAGGAGUCUGCACCUCUUGCUGCAAACACCAAACAAGAGGAGGGGGCCGUAGACUCCUUGACCUCACCUGCAGAGUCUGAUUUUAAACCAGAACCUCAAACGAUUCUAAGUGAAACUCCAGUUUCUGCUUCAGCAUCAACUUCUGAAAUGCAAACAGAAUCCAUAGGCAUAUCUGUGAGAUCCACAGAUGCACCUGCAGAACUCAACAAAGGACCAGUCCUGACACCAGGCAGCUCUUGCAUUAUGGGUAUUAAGAGGACCAAAAGUCAAAAAUGUGAGAUUUCGACUCCAAAGAGCGGCGGCUCCCAGACAGGGAAGGACACUCCAACAAGUCAUACCAUCGAACCCAACUCCUUCACUACGCCCUCUGUUAGCUCAGAGAUGCUCCGAUCAUCGGGUCAUCAACACCAGAACCUAUUCCUGAUGAGACCCGUUAACAGCAGUAUGAGCAACGUCAAGGAACUUUCCUCGGCAGACACGAAUGACCUUGCCAUCAGCCACCAGAGUAGAUAUGCCACUAGGAUACCUUUGAAGGAAGUAAUUAGUUCUCUUUGUCCCUCGACUAUCUCAAAACCUCAAAUUAGGUCCCCUGCUGUCACCACUGGUGACCUCUCGUCCUCGACGCCCCCUAGGGGCAGGACAGAGAGACUUUACUUGCAAAACCGCCUGAAAAUUGACAGACCCCUCUCAGAUAGACCACACUUAUCCCCUGCCACCUCGCACCUGUGCCAGCCCUCACCUGUACCGCAUGACCACCAGCAAGGCAGUGUAAUCCAGUUACAACUGGAUCAAACUGCUUUCCCAACACCCUUAGCAAAGACAAACCACCUGCAGGUCAGCCAGAUUGAGGCAAUUGAGUCCACUGCAAGUUUAGGAGAAAGACAAAGGGAAGGAGGAAGUGUUAGCAAGGAAGAGAAAAAGCAGGAAGAUGAGGAAGAGAAAUGUGUUGAUGAGAUAGAUGUAGAGUCAGAUGAGGAAAGGAAAGAUCAGGGAAAAAAAGACAGGAGGAAGCAGCCCCCUAAUCAGUGAGUACCUACCUGUCCUCUCUCCAAACACACACACAUCAGUUGAGGGAACAUGGUUUCCAAAAGCCCAGUAUGUAUUCAUUCUCUUGUUCCAUCUGAGAUAUGAAAGACUUCUUCAUAAAAUUGUUAAUGUCUUUAAUUAGAAAGAUUGACAGGUAUUUUGGUCAUUGGUUUGGGGGGAUCUAUGGACCCAAAACUGUGAUUUGCAGGUAUUUUGCAAGAUUCCCAACCAUACAGCCGAAAUAUUCCUUCAGGUAUAAGCAUCAGUUGUUUUAUUUUAGCAUUAGCCUGACGGACUGCAGCGUCUCAUCCUGCAUUUCAAAGUUUCUGUCUUUUUGUACUGUGUUAUUAAGGUUCCAAGGGACGUCACUUAAGAAUCUUUGAGUGUACCACAUCCUUUUUUUGUAUGUUUGUACAUUUAUAAAUAUAUUUAAAAGCAGACAUGAUGUCAUGAAAAGAGAUUAAACUUUGUUUUGUAUUGUU